AUGGAGAUACAUGUACAAAAUGUGAUUCAGAGCAUGCCGUUGUGCAGAACUGAUCUCAUCACAGAUGUUCUACACAACAGACUUUAUGGAGAUGUCAGUCAGGUUUGGCAACUUCAAGGACAUAUACUUGUGGCUACAGAUGAAGGGAGGAAACUGUUUACAUUCGACUGCAAGCCAGUUAACCAGCACCAGGUAUUUGCCAGCAAGUGUUUGGACUUUCCAGUUUUGUCAACACCUUUAGUAGAUGUCUUGAUGCUGUCCCCAGAACUGAUUGUUUUGGUUGACACAGCUGGGCUCGCAAUGUUCUGGAGAUUUACCUCUGAAUUUAGCUGGUUGCAUGAAGGGAACAUUCAGAUUUGUACAUCAAGGGGUGCAGAAAUCAUUAGUGUUGCAUACGUUUCAGGGUGCAAUACUCUGUUUUGGUGUGAAAAGCAGCCAGCAAAGUCACUGUCAGAGUUAUCCUCAAACACGUUAUUUACAUUUUGCAUAUGUAAAUGGGAGCUGUGUUCUGAACACACUCAGUCCUCAGUCUUUAUCAAAAACUGUCCACCCGCAGAUGUUCAUGCCAUGUCCAGUCAUUGUUUGUUCAUUGCCACACAAUUUCAUUCAGAGCAAGUAACAAUACACGUGGUCUACAGUCCUCCUUCAAACAAGCAUUUAAGCCUUUUUAUUGGUGAAGAGUAUAUUGAUUGUCCAAUCGAAUCAGCUAAUGAUGUUGUGGACUUUCAGGAAGCUGUAAUCUUGAACUUAUCAGUUCUAAUGCAGACAGAGCCAGGUCAAGGUGAUUGUGGUGUGCGGUCAGACUGUAUGAAUGGACAGGUUGCAGCAUUGAAUUCCAGUGGGCAGUUGAAAGUGUACACUUGCAGUUCAGAUUCAGGGAAGAUGCAGCUUUCACAAAAAAUGGUUACUCUGUCAGAUGAGUAUGGAAAAGUUUAUCAAGGGGAUUCAAAACACUGGUUUCUGCAUAGAGGACGUAUAGGAAUUAUAUGUAGCAGUGCAGUUAGUCUCUUCAGGGUGGAGGAUGGUAAACAAGUGAGCAGAUGCACACACAACUGUUUACACCAGGUCCAGCAAGUGAUCACAAGCAGCUCACCAGUUUUCUUGGCCUGGCUUCUGACACCUGACCACCUGUUUGCUUUAAAAGGCAUUGAAACACAGAACAAAGAAAUGUAUACAGCUAUUGACAAGUUGCCUAGUGAUCAUCUCUUGCAGACAGAAACACUGAGACUUGCACAUUUACAUGAGCUUAGGAUGUGUGGAUAUAACCAGACACACAUCAAGGAGCUUGAACAGCUAAAAGACAAGUGGAACAAUGUCAGACACUUGUUACAUCAUUCGCAUGUAUCAGCUGUAAUAGCUCCAUAUCUGGAAGACUACUGGAGGCUAGAGAAGUUAUCUCAGUCACUUCUGGACUCUGAGACUCAGACAUUACUAAAAGCUCAAGUAAACUCUGCUCAACAAAUGAUCAAGACCCUCAUGGAAAGUAGAAGUUUGUCUAAAUCUGUCUUCCAUGCAAAACUGGUUUGGCUUUCUGAAGUUCACCCUCAUGAGCUGCUAGAUUAUCUGUGCCAGGGGAUUACUGUUGACUGUGAUGUUGUCCUUCCAAGUGAAAUGAAGAAAUGGCAGUCUCUUCUGGGAAUGGAUCGGGGUGAUCUCUUGAAAUUUGAGUUUGCUUGCAGAUUGUUUUUUCAGCUUUUACCUGCAAAACUGCUGAAUUUUGUCAAGUGUGCAGAAUCAGUCAGUGAACAAACAAUAGGAGUGUCUGCUUUUGUUCGCAAGAAAAACUCACUUAUUUAUUAUAAAACAGCCUGGGAGUGCCUUCCAAGUAGCCAGACAUCAUGUGAUCCAAAUACUGCAGCCUCUGUAAAAGCUCAACUAAUCCUUGCAAGUGAACAUGAAAACUGUGAGGAGAUUGCUCUCAAAUAUCUGCUACAUCAUGGUCUGUGGUCAGAGGCAGUUGAUUUACUGAAGCAGCAAACACAGAGUCAAGGUUUGCCGGCUUAUCUGCAUCUAACUGUGAAAGCUCUUACUAAUAGUCAUGUCCUGUCCAGCUAUGUGGCAAAUCUCACUGCAGUUAUGCCUUCUUGGAAAAGUUUUAUAUCAUUUUCCCAACUUGCCAUGGAGAGGCCAGAAAUUCGGCAGCAGCAGCUGUCAAACUCAGUAGAGGACGUUUUCUGCCAAGAAGACUCGGACAUUAAACUCAUGGCCGUCAGGCCAUUUCUGCUAAACCUAAUCAAGAAAUGA